AUGCUGCGAAUCCCGCGGGUGUGGCGCAACCGCCCCGUCAACGUGACGCGCAUCGUCGCCAAACAGUCGCACUUCGAUCUGUGCGUCAUUGGCGGCGGGCCGGCCGGCAUUGCGGCCGCGCUGCGGGCGGUCGACUACAACAAGCGCGUGUGUCUCGUUGAGGCGAACCGCAUCGGCGGCACGGACGUGUGGAAUGGUACGCUGCAGUCCAAGACGCUGUGGGAGAUGGCAAAGUACGCCUCACGGCUCUCUGGCAACGCGGCUCGGCGCGUCUUCGAGGACGACGUGGUGGCGGGGCUGCAGAGCAAAGUUAGCGACGCGCGGGUACUGAGGACGCUGCAGGAAGUCAGCGCGACGCGCGAGCGGCAGCUGCUGGAGGUCCUCCGUGCCGCCGGGGUGCAGCUGGUGCUCGGCAGGGGCAUGUUCUCGUCGCCGUACGAGCUGGACGUGCGCAGCAGCGGCACCGGCGAGUACAACGUGCUGACGGCGGACUACUUCGUCAUCGCGACCGGCUCGACGCCGCGCACGCACCCGCACGUCGUGACGGACUGCCACCGCGUGGUGACGACCGACACCAUCAU